UAAGCAUUGAAAAAAUUCGAACCCGAUUCCUAUCACCGGGUCAAAAUACUAACCGCCUUUAUAAUUGAAAAAAAAAAUAAAAUAUGUCCCCUUUUUUUACCGCAAUUUAACAAACCCUAGGUACAGAGCAAUUGCAACUCGAUUCUCAAAAUUAUUGUAUCCAAAAUGUUGAAGCACGGAGCGAACAAGAUUCUGGGACGUGGGCUUCGAUCCCCUGCGGCGCCGGCGCUGAGGAUGUACCACGAGAAGGUGGUGGAUCACUACGAGAACCCGAGGAACGUCGGGUCGUUCGACAAGGGCGACCCGAACGUCGGCACGGGUCUCGUCGGAGCUCCGGCUUGUGGCGACGUGAUGAAACUACAGAUCAGGGUUGACGAGGAGAGCGGGAAGAUCGUUGAUGCUUGUUUCAAGACCUUCGGGUGUGGUUCUGCUAUAGCCUCCUCCUCCGUUGCAACUGAAUGGGUGAAAGGUAAACAAAUGGAGGAAGUCCUGUCAAUCAAGAACACGGAAAUUGCCAAACAUCUCUCUCUUCCUCCCGUGAAACUCCAUUGCAGCAUGCUUGCUGAGGAUGCAAUAAAAGCGGCUGUCAAAGAUUAUGAGAAAAAGCGUUCAAAGUCAAAUGAUGGACAGCCUCUGGAGAAAGCUGCUGGUGCUUAAGGAUCUAUUUAAUACUAUACAAUACGUAAAAACAUCAUGUUACAACUAAAUCGAAUAAGAACAAUCGACUGUACUUAGAAAGAAUACGUGCAUACAUCCCUUUAAUGUACGACUCAAGCCCCUUCUGAUGUAAUAAUGUGUGCCAAGGAUUUUAUCACUUUUGAAUGUAUAGUGUGGGUUUCUGGAGGUUACUGGCAGGAUUCAUCAUUGGCAGCAUGUUGAAUGAAUUUUGGUCUUUCUAGAGAUUACAUACAAGAAAUAUCAUGAGAUUAGUUUAAUUACAGAUGAACAUUUAUUAGUUUCAAUCAAGAAACCGCUACUAG